CUCCGUCUUAUACGGUAUUGGGCAAUUCCUGGACGUGGAGCGAAGGCAUUUCUGAAGCCUGAUCGGAUCGCUUUCCGUUUCGACAGCCGUGCGUUGCGGUGUUUCGCCGGAAUGUGUCAGAGGUCUGGGCGCACGGUGCUCUAGCUCGCGAGGGGAGGCAGAAAGGCAGAAUUCGCGCUCGGAUUGCUGCAGCAGCUUGGGGCCUGGCGGGCAACGACGACGACGGACGGCAGUGGAGUAGGAAUCGCGAGCUGAAUUUCCAAGCGCACUGAUGCAUAUUGCAAUUUGAGGGCUUGGCGCAGGAGGCGAGCAGGUUUAGGAAUUGUGGCAGCAGGAGAAGGGAGCAGCAGUGGCAAGGUGCAGAAGUGCGCGCAGUUUUGAGUAGCUAGCCGAUUAUUGACCGAUUAGAAAGCGUGGCUGUAUUGAAGGGCAAGGGCGAGGGCAAGGGCGGACGGGAAGCUGUAGGUCAUUUGAACGAGCUGGUAAGCGAUCUUCGUGACUGAAGAUGUCGACGAAGAAAGAGAAUGCGGACGCUGCCGCAGCAGCAGCAGAUCGCAUCAAGGCGGCAGCCUUGAGCGCUGCCAAGGGUUUGAGUCGAGCUCAGGCAGAGAGAGCGGCCGCUGCUGCGGCCAGGAAUGUGAACGCCUACGGGCAGAAAGAAGAGGGACCGAGCCGAUGGCAGGAGAGGAAGGAGGCCAAGCGGCAGAUGUAUCUGAUGAGUACCGAAAAGGCGGUGAAAUUGGGAGUAAGAAAAGACCCGAGGUCGACAGCGGGCCCCGAUUUGUCCAAGCAGUGUCAGAAAUGCUUCCAGAUGGGCCACUGGACUUACGAGUGCAAAAACGAGAGGGUGUACAUGUCUCGACCUUCCCGCACCCAACAGCUGAAAAAUCCCAAGCUCAGGCCUAAACUGAUAGACUCGCUGGAUGACAUUGCGCCAGCCAAUCAAAGGAUUACGGAGGAAGAGGUCCCUAGAGAGAAACCCAGCAAGAAAUCGGACUCGAUGAAGCGCAAGAGAAGGCGCUCCUCCGGCAGCGACAGCAGGGGGAGCAGCGCUGUCGAAGAGUAUUCGAGCGAUGGCAGCGAUCCGUCUUCCUCCACGACCAGCGAAUCCAGCAGUGACGCCACGAGCUCUCGAUCGAGCGCUUCAUCCUCCACAUCCACCGGUUCCGACACAGAAUCGGAGUCCGAAACCGAAACCGAGUCCGACACAGACUCGGACACCGCCUCAGACUCCGAAACGCGAUCGGAUUCAGCAUCCGAGAGCUCUCACAGGAAAAAACGCCGGCAUGUGUCUUACAAGAAACAUAACUCUUCCCGCAAAGAAAGCAGUAGGUCUAGCAAUCCGAGAUCUAGGAGAGAGAGUUCUCAUCAUGAUAGAGACAGAGACAGCCGAAGGAAGCAAAGAGACAGGAGAUAGAAAUCGCGGACACGCCGCUUAACUGACCUAGAGACAGAAAACAAGUGUUGCCUGGCUGCCUACCCACCUUACUUUUGUGAAUUGAUCUUGAGGGAAUAUCUCUCGUUUACUUGCAAGUCUUCUUGCACUUAUUGUAAAAGACCUAUGAGCUGUGCAGGUGUAGUGUUUUUGUAAGAGUUUCCGGAUCUGGUUAUUCCUGAUCAAAUAAAAUGGAUUUUGUCACCAACAAUAGCGGUCUGCCAGUCCUGACCCCUGAGAUCUUUCUGAGUCCGAAUCUCAUUUUCACUUCGCUUCCUCUCGAAAAGGAUCCGAUUAUACAUAUGUUCCGCCUAAAUUGCAGAUGCUCGGUGUCCGGUGUGCUACGACUCUUCCGCGACAUCUCCCUCGGCCUUACUGCAUCCGAUGCAAUUCGAUUGUCGCGUAACAGGGUGGGUGAACUGCUGUGCCGCGCAUCGUCGUACCUUUUGACUGCUCAAGAAUGUUCCAUGUUCCAUGUUCCUUUCCUCCCGCAGCU